AUGAUGGAUAACGACAAUGAAGAUUAUUUAACCACCUAUGGUCCUCCAUUGAGCAGCGACGAAGACGACCCCAACGAACACAAACCGAGUGAUCCAACGAAAACAAAACCCAAAAUCCUCCAGGCACAAACCUCUUCACCCAAACGAGCAGCUACAACAGCGGCCUCUUCGAGGUCGAAACGCAGAAAAAUACAAGAUGAACCAGGCUUGUCAAACUUGCUUGUUCAAAACGAACCUCAGGUUGAUUUGUUUGGACCAUCGUGGUCUUCCUCAGGAUCUCAGAAGAACAAACGCGUGAAGAAAUACGGGCAGAAAAAUAUCUUUCAGCAGCCGGAGCCUGUAAUGGAGAAGACAGAAUCAGUUGAAAAGACGCCAGCAUUCGUCAUGCACGCUCUGGUCAACCCAAUAGACAAACUCCCAAGUUCUACCAAGACAUUUGUUCCUCGUUCUCCUGUUCGCAGACAGGGUGCUGAGCAAAACGGAGGCACUAAGCAAGUGCUGGUGAUUGCAGAUCUCCCUCAAGCAAAAUCGACACUCGGGAAGGGCGGGUUUCAACUGCCAGAUCUCACCCCAGGGCUCGUGUCCUCGACAACAUCAAGUACAGACAUGCCUUCAAUCUUCGAAGAUCACAAAUCACCAAGAGGUCACAGUCGUAGCCGAUCAGACUCGUCAUCAUCACUUUCGUCUGCACGAUCUCCUUCGCCUCUGGACUCUGACAUCGAUUUGCCUCCCGUCAGCCGUCGUUGUCCUGCCUGUCGUAAAUUUGUUACCUAUACAGCAGAUUUCCCUAUACCUGUCCAGCUACGCACACUAUCGUUGCAGAAACAACAGCAAUUUUGCAUGGACCACCAGAUGGCCGAAGCAAAGGACUUCUGGAAACAAAGCAAAUAUCCGGACAUUCGAUGGGCGGAUCUUGCAAAAGAUCGGAUUUCUAAGAAGCUGCCCUUAUUGAGAAAAGUCAUUUCACGGCAGAGGAGCAGCUACUAUUUAGACCAGCUUGACCAUAGGAUACAGGGGGCAAAAGGCAAUCGUCGGAAACUCCAACUCUACUUGACCCAGGGGGUUGUCGAUGUUGCGAAACCAGGGUAUUAUGGUCUCAGAGGCUCGCGGAUCAUGGUCAAUGCAAUUACCGAAUCCCUGACAGAAGCCCUAGUUGAGGCUCUGCAGACGGACUCGGCCAUCAGACAUGCUGGUGUUGGUGCCUAUGUGAGUGCGGUUUUGGUCCCCGAAUUGACACUACUCUUGGUAAUGGAGGACAUGCAUGUGAAUGAUCCGGCAAAGGGGCGACUUCUACUCGACCAGAGUUCACCUGUUGGUGUGCUGUUGUAUCCCGAUGAUGAUCAUAUCGAACGUACUGAGGAUGAUGCUGAUGUAUGA